CUGGCUGAGAGAGGUUACUGCUGCAGCUGUCUCCACUCAUUACACAGGGAGUGACUCGAAUCAUUCUUACUACUUCCUGAUUCGAGUCACUGUGUUGAGACAGAGAGUGAGGAGCCAUCUCUACCUGACUCCCAGGUCUGAGUGCUGCUGGUCACACGUGUGCUGUGACACCUGUCCCUGAUCAUUGCUGGUACACGCUGGCAGCUCCUCCUACAUCCAUCAGCGAUGGCGUCUGCUGAUCUGAGACAGGAGCUGGACUGUUCUAUCUGCCUGAGCAUUUAUACUGAUCCUGUAACCCUGAGAUGUGGCCACAACUUCUGCCGGGUCUGUAUUGAUCGUGCGCUGGAUACACAGGAGGGGGCUGGAGCUUAUACUUGUCCUGAAUGCAGAGCAGUGUGGCAGGAGCGUCCUGUACUGCAGAGGAACAUAACGCUGUGUAACAUAGUGGGGCGUUUCCUGUCUACUCGGCCAGAUCAGGAGGAGACUGGGAUCUUCUGCACUUACUGUGUGGACUCUCCUGUACCUGCUGCUAAAUCCUGUCUGCUGUGUGAGGCUUCUCUGUGUGAUAAACACCUGAGAGUACACAGCAAGUCUGCAGAACAUGUCUUAUGUGAUCCCACCACUGCCCUGGGGAACAGGAAAUGCUCCGUCCAUAAGAAGGUCCUGGAGUAUUACUGCACUGAGGACGCUGCCUGUAUCUGUGUGUCCUGCUGUGUGAUUGGGGAUCACAGAGGACAUCAGAUGGAGUCAAUGGAUGAGGCCUCUGAGAAGAAGAAGGAGAAGCUGAGAGAUGUUCUGCAGAAACUGACCACAAAGAGAGAGGAGACUGAGAAAAGAGUCCAGAGACUGCAGGAGCGCAGGAGAGAAUAUCAGGGAAAAGCAACUGGUGUAACAGAGACAGUCACUGCCCUGUUCAGAGACAUCAGGAGACACCUGGAAGACCUGGAGAAGAGAGUCCUGAGUGAGAUCUGCAGGCAGGAACAGCUCAUUCCACUCUCAGUCUCUGAUCUGAUCCAGCAGCUGGAAAUAAAGAAGGACGAGCUGUCCAGGAAGAUGCGUCACAUUGAGGAGCUGUGUAACAUGUCUGACCCGGUGACUGUCUUACAGGAACCAGACACAGGGGACUUGUGUGAUACUGAGGACACAGAGAGACAUGAUACCCAGGUCCGCGGUGCAGGAGAUCUGGAUGUGGGUCUCAUCUUGGGGGAAUUACACAAAUUAUCUGUUACAAUAACAGGUAUAAAUACAAGGAUCUAUGUGCAGGAGGCUACAGACAUAUUACUGGAUGUAACCAUAGCUGGUAAUGAUAUAGAAUCUGAUAUAAUAACAGGUAUAGAUACAGGGGUCUUUGUGCAGGAAGCUAUAGACAUAUUUCUGGAUGUAGCCACAGCUGGUAAUAAUAUACAGAUAUCAGAUGAUGGGAAAACUGCAUCCUGCUCACCAAACCAGAAUCACCCAGUAACACCAGAGAGAUUUCAGUGUGAUCAGGUAAUAAGCACCAGGAGAUUUUCCUUAGGGCGACAUUACUGGGAAGUGGAUGUCAGCAAAUCUGUAGGGUGGAUGGUGGGGAUGUGUUAUCCCAGUAUAGGCAGGAAAGGAAAGCAGUCAUUCAUUGGAUAUAAUAACAAGUCCUGGUGUCUGUGUAGGAGUGGGUGGAAUUAUCAGUACUCCGUGAUACAUGACAGUACAGUAAUCCGGUUACCUGGUCUUUUCCCCUGUGACAGAGUGAGGGUAUAUCUGGAUUAUGAGGCAGGACAGCUGUCCUUUUAUGCUCUGUGUGACCCCAUAAGACACUUACACACCUACACUGCCGCCCUCACUGAGCCCCUCCAUGCUGCAUUAUGGGUAGGGAUCGGGUGUAUAACUAUAUGUGGGGGAGUCAGUUGCUGAGUGAUAUUACAAUAAGAAAUUGGCCCACAGACUGGUGACAUCACAGGGAGGGGAAUAUAACCUAUGGGACCCUAAGCCAAUAGAAUGAAGCAGUGGAUGGAGCUAUAGCUGACUCCCUCCUCUAGUGUCACCAGUGUGCAUGGAUUUGUUUUCUUGUUGCUGUGUUAUGCUGGGUACACACUAGGCGAUAUAUUGGCCGAUAUGUAUCAAUAGCCAGUAGGUGGGUGUGUACACCUGAUAUGUCUGUGAACAAUGUCUUUUAAGGACAUAUCACAUGGGCUGUGUAGCACAACCAAUGGGCGAUAUAUCUGCAGAUAUAUUGGCUCAUCUGGUUGUGUGUACGGGUGGUCCGGCAAUUGCCCAUACACUUGCUGCAGGCACUGACGUCAAAGCUGGAUGGGCAAAUUCAAAUGCCAACGUAGCUGUGAUGACAGGACGACACAUUGGGGGUCAUUAAAACAUGAUCGCUCGCUAGCGUUUUUUAUAGCAGUGUGAUCAGGUCAGAACUGCGCAUGCGUAUGACACACACGGGUACAAAGCGGAUCGUUGCUGUGCGAUGGGUUUUACGAAGAAUCCAUUCGCACAGCCGAUCGCAAGGAGAUUGACAGGAAGAGGGCGUUUGUGGGUGACAACUGACAGUUUUCUGGGAGUGUUUGGUAAAACGCAGGCGUGUCCAAGCGUUUGCAGGGUGGGUGUCUGACGUCAAUUCCGGGACCGGACAGGCUGAAGUGAUCGCAGCGGCUGAGUAAGUUCUGGGCUGCGCAGAAACUGCACAAAACUUUUUUGUACCGCUCGGCUGCACAUGCGAUCGCACACUUGCAAAGCAAAAAUACACUCCCCCCCAUAGGUGGGGUCUAUCUGCUCGCUGCACUGCAAAAAAACACUAGCGAGCGAUCAAGUCUGAAUUAGGCCCAUUGAGCGGCUGAUUAGUAAGUGUAUAUACCUACCUGAAUUGUUUGCUUUAUCGGCACAACGGCGGAUCCGCCAUCAAGUUGACUAGGUGUGUACCCAGCAUUAGAAACUGUCAUUAUAAAUAUAUACAGUGGCGGAUUUUGCCUAUGGGCUGCAGAACUGCAGCAACCCCAGCUAAAAUCCUCCAGCGUCACUGAAGCCAGAUGCAGUCCGUGACUGCACUGGCUUCACUGUGACUGGCAGUGACUUCUUAUUGGAAGUCCUACCUGCCAGUCACCCGCAGGAUAGGCAGUCCCAUUAGGAGGUGUAUUCUCCCUCCGGGACUGCCAGACCAGGCUGCGAUCAGCAGAGAGCUGGCUUUAUGUUGGAAGCCACUCCCUGCCUCAUCGUCAGCCCUCCCCUGCUUCUAGGGGCUGCAGCUGAUGCAGCCCUUAGAAACCGGGGGGUAUUCACAUGCCCACAUAAGCCAGCGCAUAUGCGCAUGUGCAGGUCCCGGCGCCUGCCAGACCCAUUGCGCAGGCCCCGGAACCCGGCUGGAUGGGGACGGCACUCUAACCUCUCUCUCCUACACGGUCAGCGGCAGCCCCCUGCCCACCAAAGGUAAAAGCCGCCGCUGAAUAUAUAUACAGUACAUUUCUGUGUGAUUUAUCCGCCUCUGACUCACUUAGCGCUGUGAUUGGCUGCAAUAUCUGUCGGUCAGCCGGUGUGCAUCACUUGCUCCUGUUGGCUGUUAUGUAUAGAGGUGGUGAAUGGGGUGUUGUAUUAUAAAAUCUCCACCUACUGGGAAUUGUAGUUUAAGACUGACUGUUCCACCGAUAAUACAAGAUGGGUUGGACUACAACUCCCAGCAUGCCUCAAUAUCUUUACUAUUGUGAUAUUUGACAGAAUCAUUAAGCAUAGUCACUAUUAUUAUUUUAUAUUAUAAAUGUACUUAAUAUACAGCACUCACCAUCUAUACCACCCUCAUCUAUACCACCAUGUACUGUCUCGGUAUAAGAACAUACCUCCUAACAUUUACAUAUGCAAAAUCUGGAAAGAAUAAGGCCCACAUCAGUCUGUUCAUACCCCACCUUCUCUGACAAAACCCUGCCCAAAUCACCCAAAUCUUACCCCAUCUGUCCAUAAAACAUGCCCUUUUUCAGCAGGGGUGUAUCUAGUGGUCCGAGCACCCCUGGCAAAGUAAGGGACUGGUGACCCUACCCCAUAUUUGAAAUGGGGAAAGCCAAAAAAGGCAUGUGGCCACACAAUAGUAACCCCCAAUUCAAAUUUCGCCACACAGUAGUUCCUCUGACUUACAUUACACAACACAGUGGUGUCCAUUAUUCACAUUACGCCACACAGUAGUAUUCCUUAUACAAGUUGUGCCACAUGCUAGAGCCCCUUAUUAUCAUUACUCUACACAGUAGUGCCCCUUAUACACAUUAUGCCACACAGUAGUGCCCCUUAUACACAUUAUGCCCCACAGUGUGUGCGCUCCAGCUCCCAUUGGAAUGUCAUCACCUCCGGACAUAGGAAAUAUCAUCCCCUGUUUUCCCUCCCCAAGCCCACGGCUGGAAGCAAUAGUAGCCCACCACCUGCCUCUACUAUGUAAUUUUACCCGCUGGCCAUGGGUGGCACCGCCGGUGGCAUCCCUCCUCUGCUGGUGCCCCUGGUGAGUGCCAUCCUGGCCAAGGGGUAGAUAUGCUCCUGGAUAUAAUAUAGGGAGGGAGGGACAGAGAAAGAAAGAAGGGAGCAAGAGAGAGUUAUGGUGCCCAUACACUUGUGCGAUGCCCAGCGAUGCGACAUCGCGGGCAUCGCACCGGCAGUUCAGCACAUACUAUCUUGAGACAUGAGAUUCGACCGGUAUGCCCACGCAUCACGUCACAAGGUACCUAAAAUGUGCAUACAAUCCUUCGAUCUCUCUCACAGAUCCGGUCGAAAUUGAAGGUUAUCACCGAUUAUCUCACAAGUGUAUGGGCACCAUCAGUGAGUUUCAGGGAGAGAAAGGGAGACAGGGGUUAUCAGUACCAGAGAGAAACAGAAUAAGAGAGAGAAGGCCAGGGAAAGAGAGGGGGAGGGGAGAGGGAGAGAGACAGUGUCAGAGAGAGAGAGAGAGAGUGUCAGAGAGAGAGAGAGAGAGAGAGAGAGUGUCAGGGAGAGAGAAAAAGAGGUGAGCAAGAGAGAGUGAGUGAGUUUCCGGGAGAGAAAGGGAAAGAUAGGGUGUCAGUGAGAGAGAGACAGAAUGAGAGAGAGUAGUGCCGGGGAGGGUGAGGGGGAGGGGAGACAGACAGUGUCAGAGAGAGGGACCGUGUCAGGGAGAGAAGGAGGACAGUGUCAGAAAAGAGAGGGAGGGAGAGAGACAAAGUCAGAGAGAAAGGAGCAAGAGAGAGAGAGUGUUAGGGAGAGAUGGGGGGAGAGAGGAGGAGCGAGCAGGAGAGACACUAGAGGCACAGGACGGGACAUGGACGGACAGUCAGAGCACCAUAUGGGGGCAUAGAUGGAUAUAUGGAUGGGGGUGGGGGCAUAGACAGACAGAGCUCCAUAUUGGGGCAUAAAUGGAUAGACGGACGGACGGGGGGCAUAGAUGGACAGAGAGAGCACCAUAUGGGGCAUUGACUGACAGACGGACGGGUGGGGGGAUAAACAGACCGAGCACCAUAUGGGGGCAUAGAUGGACGGGGGCUGGGCAUAGACAGAUGGGGGCAUAAACAGAUGGGGGGCAUAGAUGGACCGACAGACGUGGGAUGACAUAGACAGACAGAACACCAUAUGGGGGCAUACUGUAGAUGGAUAAGUGGCUGGGGGCCGGGCAGAGCAUAGACAGACAGGGGGAGUGGGGGGCAUAGAAAGACAGAUGGUAGGGGAGAGUGGGAUUCACCAUCAGUGGUACUGUGUGGCAAGUCACACAUUGCGGGCGGCUCUACACCCUGCACUCAGCCUCCCACCCUCCCAGGAAGUAAACUGUUGGGCCCUGAGCAGCGCGCGGACUUCAGGCCCCUCAAGCAGCUGGGCCACAUUGCAGCAGUAUCCCCUGCACCCUAGUUCCGCCAAUGCUCCUGAGCUACAUUACAGAGUCUCUACUGUCAUGUACACUAUAGUACAGGCUUUCGGACACAGCUGUCCCCCUGCCUGUCAUACUGCAGCACCAAUAAGCCUGUACUGUGUCAUCAUUGACUAUAUGCUGCCAAGGACUUUGGACAGUUUUGGCCAUGCCCAACCACGUGGGUGCUCCCCCACAUCCACGAGUGUCCGCAGGUGUCCCCCCCCUCACCCGCAAGGGCCCCUCCACCAACCAUGAAUGCCCCUUCAUUUGGGUCUGGCUGUACUUUACACACUGUCAUUGACAGACAGCGCUCGCUGCUGCCCCCUCCUGGCGGCCAGCUCUGAGGCUUCUGAGUAGCACAGGGCUGUGAUGAGAGACAGAAAUGGCCAUGGGUGGCACCGGAGCCCUCCCUCAGAUGGCGCCCCUGGUGAGUGCCAUCCAGGGUCUGGCUGGGCAGGGGGGCAGGGUGCCAUCUGGGCCAGUGCAACUGAAGUGAUCCAGGGCCAUUUUUGCAUUGCAUUCCCUGUGAAACGCUGGGACACUUGCUUGUGUCUGCCCCCCCACCGGGCUGAACAUUGCCAGCCAGCCCCUGGUGCCAUCCUCGCCGAACAAUGGAUACGCCCCUGCUUUUCGGGGUCUGCUAAUUGGAACUGUAUUGAUAAAUCGGAACAUUUUCCAUUAAAUUGCAGACUUUAAUAUGUACAUAAGCUCACCUUGCCGGUAGUGUCGCAGGGAGGGUGACGCUGGUGAGUGCGGCACCGUUACCCCCUGUAAAAUGAUUUCUGGUUCUGCAGCUGUUAGAUAAACUUUCCCAGGAAAUAUCUGAAACCAACAAAGAUGCGACCACAGCGACCAGUAACAGUCACUGACCUAUAUUCUCCGCUACGUUAUAUUUCCCAUUCCAGAGAUCAUUCUAGAGAAGGGUUCUACAUCUAUCCUUUGUUUUACCAAGUCUCCUUAUAGUAUGUAACUGUAUUCAAUAAAUGAUAUUCUGUUUAUAACA